AUGUCGUCUUCACAAUGCCUUCGCCGGCUCGCAAGCGGCUCAGUAUGCCGUCCAGCCUCCCUCCUCCGCCAGUCUCCUACAGCAUCUAGCAAGCUCCUACGAUCAUCUACUGGACUCAGGACACUUUCUACCAGCUCAUCAUCGUCACAUUCGCUCCCAGCACUGCUUCCUACGAAGAAACCCUUCCAGCCUGUACAAUUGCGUCAAUUCAGCUUGACAAGUCGCUAUUAUGAGGAGCAAACGGUCAAAGUGCCAGAAAUGGCAGAGUCGAUCUCAGAGGGUACCUUGAAACAGUUCUCGAAACAGGUUGGAGACUAUGUCGAGCAGGACGAGGAAAUCGCCACGAUCGAGACCGACAAGAUCGAUGUCGCUGUCAACGCCCCCGCUGCUGGUACGAUCAAGGAGUUCCUUGCGAAGGAAGAGGAUACUGUCACUGUUGGUCAAGAUCUCGUGAAGCUCGAACUUGGAGGCGAGCCAGGACAAAAGGCAGAGACUGCGAAGGAAGAGCCGAAAGAGCCGGCGCCAGAAUCGCAACCCAGCGCAUCCGAGACCUCGGGCAAGAAGGAAGAGCCCAAGCCCAAGGAAGAAUCGAAACCUGAACCCAAGAAAGAAGAGUCGAAGCCACAACCAAAGCAAGAAUCGAAGCCUGAGCCCAAGAAGGAAGAGUCAAAGCCGAAAGAGUCAGAAUCAAAGGUCGAAUCUCCAUAUGGCAGCCGUGAAGAGCGCCGAAUCAAGAUGAACCGCAUGCGCAUGAGGAUCGCUGAGCGUCUGAAGCAGUCGCAAAACACCGCCGCAUCUCUUACCACGUUCAACGAGGUCGACAUGUCUGCUCUGAUGGAGAUGCGCAAGCUCUACAAGGAUGAUGUGCUCAAGAAGACUGGCAUCAAGUUUGGUUUCAUGAGCGCAUUCGCACGGGCAUCUGUUCUGGCCAUGAAAGAUGUCCCCACGGUCAACGCCAGCAUCGAAGGCCCAGGUAGCGGAGAUACCAUCGUGUACAAGGACUACGUCGACAUUUCUGUGGCCGUGGCAACUGAGAAGGGUCUGGUGACACCCGUGGUCCGCAACGCUGAGAGCAUGGACAUGCUUGGUAUUGAGAAGUCUAUUGCAGAUCUCGGCAAGAAGGCACGCGACAACAAGCUCACGAUCGAAGACAUGGCCGGUGGCACCUUCACCAUCUCCAACGGCGGCGUCUUCGGCUCCCUCAUGGGCACCCCGAUCAUCAACCUCCCCCAAACCGCCGUCCUUGGUCUCCACGCCGUCAACCAAAAGCCCGUCGCCAUCAACGGCAAAGUCGAGAUCCGCCCCAUGAUGUACCUCGCCCUCACCUACGACCACAGACUCCUGGACGGCAGGGAAGCAGUCACUUUCUUGGUACAGAUCAAGAAGUUGAUAGAGGACCCGAGACUCAUGCUGCUGUCGUAG